UAAAGAAGAAUGCGAUGAAAUUCUGCAACAACACAACAUAUUACGUGCUCAAGUGCGCCCACCAGCGGGCAAUAUGGAAAAGAUGGCUUGGGACGAUAGAUUGGCACAAAUGGCACAAAAUUGGGCAAAUGAAUGUAAUUUUGAGCAUGGGAGAAACUGGAAAGAUGAUCAAAUUCCGUAUACUUUUGUUGGUCAGAAUAUAUGGAUGGGCACAAAGACUCAGAGCCGGAGAUUAACUUUACUAAUCGUUCAAGACUGGUGGGACGAGAUCAAUUACUACACCUACGAAAACAACACAUGCGAAGAAGGGAAAAUAUGCGGUCACUAUUUACAGGUUGCGACUGCUGAGUCUGUGUUCGUCGGAUGUGGUUGGAAAGAUUGCACAGAAGAACGAAUCCGGGCUCUCAUUGUUGUCUGUGAAUAUCAACGUCCACCGAGCAAUCCUGCCCUGCCUUUGCCUUACAAAGCAGGCGAGUGGUGUAGUUUGUGCAAGUCCGGUGAGGGUUGGUGUGAUGAUGGCUUAUGCGCUGAAUGUAUAAGUCCAAUACACGAACAUUAUUGGCCAACCAAUCCAAAUAAAAUCACGAAAAGCGAUUGUCAGCACGAGAAACUAGCAUGCCACAUAAGGUGUUACAAUUGCGGUGUGUUGAAUACAAACUUAUGCACCUGUGCCUGUUCUCCUGGCUGGGAUGGCCUUAAUUGCGCAGGAACCUGUGAUGAUUCAAAGCCAGAUUGCACAAGAAUGCUUCCGCCUGGCGCCCGAACAACAACCUGUCAUCCAUCACAAGAGGGGUUGUGCAAGAAGACAUGCGGAAUGUGUGAGGGCCUGUACAACGACAGCGUUGGUCUCUGCUGCGGUGGACUUAUCUGUGAGAGCGGCGGAAGAAUUGACACAGAUUCGUGCGAAUGCGUGUGUCCUGCGCCAUUUUACGGAACGCGCUGCGAAAGAAGCAGGGCAGAGGUCAAACCGGAAAGAAAAAUUCAUGCAAUGAUUCUACUUGCUGCACUUACCAGUUUUAUGUGCCUUUAGAAGGGUUGAUGUAUUUAAGAAUUAUCUAACCGGUUCGUUAUGUAUUUUUGGGCGAUU